GUAACAGACCCCAUCAGCAACACGGACGUCAAUCCCUCAGUACACAGGCAGUCCGGCCACAGGCCGAAGAAGGACCAUGCAGACCCAUCCGAACUGCGCCACCUUAACUGCGCCUGUGUGCCAGUGACUGAUGUGCUAAUAUUUGAAUGUUGACACAAAGAUAAUUGCGGUCUAAACACAAAUACCACCUGAAGAAUAUGAAUUAAUUUAGAAGCAAACCUUCAGUACAGAGAUACAAUGUUUCAGAAUGUUUCCACUGAAACUGAAAAUCACUCUGACGCCCCCUGCAGACUGGCCUGAGAACUGCGGGCUCGCGCACUUCAGCCCUACGGUGGCCGAGCGCAUCGUGUCCGGCAGGGAGGCCCGCCCCCACUCCUGGCCGUGGCAGGUGUCAUUGCAGGUCCGCCCCAGGGGGAGUAAGACCUACGCCCACGUGUGUGGCGGCACUCUCAUCCACAAGGACUGGGUUCUGACAGCGGCGCACUGCUUUCAGAAGGGAAAGGCAGAGGAUCCGGGCAGCUGGCGUAUCGCUCUGGGCAAACACCGGCUACGGCGGGCGGAGGCCAGCGAGCGCACGGUCCCCGUGCGCCACAUCUACCGCCACGAGCGCUUCCUUUACCCGGCGCUGGGGGAGCUCGACUACGACAUCGCGCUCGUCAGGGCCGGCGCAGAGAUGCGGCCCAGCGAAUACGUGGGUUACGCGUGUCUCCCGCGGAAAGAGAGCACCCCGCAGGCAGGGCACUACUGCUGGGUGACAGGCUGGGGGGACACGCGAGGCGGAAAGGAGAAUGUCACCCUGGCCGAGGCCCUCAAUCAGGCCCGCCUGCCCAUCAUUGACUUCAACACCUGCAAGCAGAAGAAGUUCUGGGGAGACCGUGUGCGCGACUCCAUGAUCUGCGCUGGCUUCCGCCACACGGAGGGCCCUCCGGCUGCCUGUCAGGUGAGUUUGACUGUUAUGACACCGCCCCCUUCUGGUGGGAGGUCGACAGACCUUACCACGUCAGGGAAUCUGCCGGCAUAUUACAGUGCACUUAACUUUCGCUUGUUAACCUGCCUUUCCAUUCAGUACUUUGAGGCAGUAACUGAUGCAUAUUUACCCCAAAACCAUAGUAUUUACCCAUCUCUGAAUCACUGACCUACUUCCAUACGGUGCCCUGCAAAAGUAUUGAAAAGCCUUUUUCAGUUUUUGAUUUUCAUUAAAAGGUUUGCUGAUGAGUAAUUGAUUUUGACUUUACUGAGAGAAUAUGAGUAGACAAUAAAAAUAUGGACAGGAAGAAUAUGUGUGUCAUUUGUAAUUCAGACACAUUUGGGGGAUGGAGGGUGGUUCACUGUAUUCAAUGCAAAGCAGAUGUUUGGUUUUAACCCCAGGAAGGACCUGAUCUCCCAUAAUUAAAUGCAUCAUACUCAAUGGCUGCGCUGUGCUUGAC